AUGGUCAAAAGGAUGGAGAAGAGAUUGGCACAUUUCACGGAGACAUCUAUGAAGCAUCUUGAGGCAUUGGAUGGCUUGAACAUCAUUGGAGAGCUGACGACCGAAACCCAGGCCGUGCGAAAUCGUGAGAAGAGGAAGAGUCUAAUCGAUGGAAUCAACACGCUGCUAAAUGGAAAUGACAAGCAUAGUCGAAGGCUAGAAGAAUAUAAAAAGAAGCUCCUCGGAGAGAUUAUUGAAUGA